UCUUUGUACUGUUCAGAACUGAAUCAUGUCACAAUUUCAGUAUUGUAGUUUACUUUUGUUAACAUAGUGUUUAUGGUUGAGGUUAAUAAGUUGACUAUUUUUAUGACAAUUCUUUUUAUAUGAAUUGAAUUACAAUGGCAACAACAUUUCACAAACUUAUAAUAUCAAUAGGCUUCUUUUCAUUGCUUCAUGCAGCUUAUUCUGCAGCACAACAUCGAUCCUACCUGAGGAUAACAGAACAGCAGUUUACGUCUUUACCUUUUGAUAUAAUACUGCAAGGUAUUAUUAGUCUAUUUGCCACCAUGUAUGGCGUAAUGGCAGUUGCCGGAGAUUUUAAAGAAAUUAGGGCCACCGUGGAUUUGGAAGCAAAGUCGUGGGAGACACUGAGGAAUUUGCCGUCGUUCUAUGUCUUCAACCAUCGAGGAAAAGCCCUGUCCCCAGACUAUGAGCUUCCGGCACCAAACCAGAAGUACGUGGCUCCGGACCUGUCGCUGCUGUUACAAAAAACUGAAACAACGAAAAAAGAUUCAAAACACGAAUGAGUGUGCAUUCACGAUUGUUCUUCACAGACUACCAAAUCUAAUUUAGUGCAUUGUUUGUUUUCAGUGAAAGUAAUUUAUUUAUUGUUUACCAUUAAGUUAGAGAUAAAGACAAUGCAUUUAAUAUGUUAUUAUUUGUCUUGUUUUGUCUUUUUCUAACUAAAAUAGGAAAUGUGAUAAGUAAAGUCUUAUUGCAAACCGUUGAAA